GUGGUUUUUGUUUUUUUUUCUUCUUAGGCAGUUUGACAAUUGUGAUGUGUCUGGAUUUCUUUUUUCCCGUAGAAAACUCCAAAUAGCUUUGACCAAUAUCCCAAGUUAACCGUUUUAAACGUACGAAUUCCUGCGGUGUUCUUGCGGUGCAGUCGUGAGCCAGAACCUCACUCGUUAUCCUUUGUUCGAUUGCUUUAGCUUUCAUUUCGGACUCGUGUGGUAUCCACUGGCUCAUUAUAUAGAUAAGGCAGACGUUUCCACCGUUCCACAUUACUCAUUGCUAUAAUUAUUCCCCAAGUGAAAUCACAUUUACGAAUGACUCUGUAAAGAAAAACGUUCGAAGUGGUGCUAAAACUAAGUAACGAAGUUUCGCAGCCUGUUGGACAAAAGUGUAUUAAAAUACAUCGCAUAAUUCCCGGUUCGACGAACUGUUGAUGAGUCAGAGUGCAUUUUUAUCACGGUAGAAAGUGUUUUACGGGAUUGCCGCGAUCCGCUAAUAACAGGCACAAUGUUCAGUUGGCUGAAAAGAGAAACGAAAACAGAGGAGGUGGUGGAAAAUGUGUUGGGAGAGCUGAAAAAGAUUUACCGUAGUAAAUUGUUGCCGCUGGAAGAGCAUUACAAUUUCCAUGACUUCCACUCACCGAAGCUGGAGGACUCGGAUUUCGAUGCGAAACCGAUGAUCCUCCUGGUUGGCCAGUAUUCCACUGGUAAAACCACCUUUAUCCGGUAUUUAUUGGAACGUGAUUUUCCCGGCAUUCGGAUCGGACCGGAACCCACGACGGAUCGCUUUAUUGCUGUCAUGUAUGACGAUAAGGAGGGUAUGAUACCGGGCAAUGCGCUCGUAGUCGAUCCGAAAAAACAGUUCCGUCCGCUAGAAAAGUAUGGCAAUGCUUUCCUUAACCGUUUCCAAUGUUCCCACGUACCGUCUCCUGUGCUGCGAGCGAUAUCGAUCGUCGACACGCCCGGUAUUUUGUCCGGCGAGAAGCAACGUGUAGAUAGAGGCUACGAUUUCACCGGAGUCUUAGAAUGGUUUGCAGAGCGUGUGGAUCGCAUUAUACUGUUGUUUGAUGCACACAAGCUAGACAUUUCGGACGAAUUUCGUCGAUCGAUCGAAGCACUGAGGGGACACGACGACAAGAUCCGGAUAGUGCUGAACAAGGCGGACAUGAUCGAUCAUCAACAGCUAAUGCGCGUAUACGGUGCUUUAAUGUGGUCCCUUGGCAAAGUACUGCAGACACCGGAGGUGGCAAGGGUUUAUAUCGGUUCCUUCUGGGAUCAACCGCUACGGUACGACGUGAAUCGAAGGCUGUUUGAGGAUGAAGAGCAAGAUCUUUUCCGCGAUUUGCAAUCGCUACCCCGUAAUGCAGCCCUGCGCAAACUGAACGAUCUCAUCAAGCGAGCUCGCCUAGCUAAAGUGCAUGCGUAUCUCGUUUCGGAGCUACGGAAAGAAAUGCCGCCAAUAUUCGGCAAGGAUAGCAAGAAAAAAGAGCUGAUCAAAAAUCUUGGCACUAUCUACGAUCGCGUUUGUCGGGAGCAUCAGGUGUCAAUCGGCGAUCUGCCAGACAUAAAGAAAAUGCAAGAAGUGCUCGCUAAUCAGGACUUUACCAAGUUCCAUUCGAUUAAAAUGCCGCUCCUGGAAGUCGUGGACCGCAUGCUGGCCGUGGAUAUCGCUCGAUUAAUGAGCAUGAUUCCACAGGAAGAGAUGUCGUUGGUUUCGGAGCCACUGGUCAAAGGAGGCGCCUUCGACGGGGUGGAAGACGUCGUUUCACCGUUUGGGUACCGGAAGGGCGAAGGAAUCGAUGCCGGGUAUGGUGAGGUGGAUUGGAUAUGCAAUCGUGAUCGUGCCCGAACGGAUCCCAUCUUCGAGUCACUUCAACCGACUGAUGGAAAGAUUUCCGGUGCCGCGGCCAAGUCGGAGCUGAUCAAAUCGAAGUUACCGAACAACGUCCUGAGUAAGAUUUGGAAGCUCUCCGACUACGAUCAGGAUGGUUUCUUGGACAUCGAAGAGUUUGCUCUGGCGAUGCAUUUAAUCAACGUCAAAAUGGAUGGCAAUGAGUUACCGACAGCCUUGCCUCUUCACCUGGUACCGCCGUCCAAACGACGGGUGGACUAAGAUUAGAUAAACCGAGAAGCAAGGACUCGGAGGCAAGGAUAUAGAGGCCGCACAGUGUUUCGCGUUUUUGUAUGUGUGUGUGUGCAUUAGCUAAACUUCCAGCAAUGCUAGAGAGCUCGAUUGUUAAUCUUGUUUCCUAUUUACUAUCUUGCCCGGCCGACCGGCUUCAAAUAUUGCUUGCGCGUUAGAUCGACCCAUCACCUCUGACAUUCGUUCGAGAGUUUAUUCACGCUUUGUGUAUCAUCUUUUGCUUAUCGUUUGCUCGACCUUUCUUUUUUCUGAUGUGUGUCUGCCGUGUUGCGCUACGUUCCGAUCCUGUGUCAGGCGACCAAUCAAUCCUCAAACUUUCGCUUCCCUAGGGUUUAUGCAUUCAGUCACUCUCCCCGUUUUCUGUUAGCGGAAACGUUGAUGGAGCAGCUUGGAGCAACAAAGGAAGUUGGCGUUUCGUUUUGUUUCGCUUGUGACGUUCCAACUCUCGGAAAAUGAAGAUCAACUUCAACUAUGGUCCGAGUUUGUUGUGUUCUAACCUUGCCCUACCUCCUCUCCCUCCUCUCUCCCCCUUUCCUGCCAUCAACGUGGACAUCAGAUUUUCCGCCUUGAGACAAUGCCAAUGAGGAAAACGGAAGUCGGUAGACAAGCGUUUCGGUUUCGGUGGUAAUGAGCUAAAGUAAACAAGCAGAGGAAAACAUCAAGGAGAAUUUCGUUGAGAAAAUGGUAACAAAAAAUACGCUUCCUCCUGCACAGUGGCCUUGUUCUUUCGUGUUUAGGUGAUUAUUUAUUAUUUAUACACUUAGUUAGUGAAGCAAAUAAUAACGAAAUUUAGCGAAACAAGUACAUGCAUACAUAUACACACAUAUAUACAUAUACGAGCAAAGCUACACAAGCUUCCGCGCAAAGAAGAAGGAGCAGAAACGAAUAUUGCCGAACAUAACAUAGACAAUUGCAAUCAAUUAUAUGUAUUUUGAUUUAUUACGCGCUUGUUGCAAAUGCUUUCAUUUACUACGUGUUGAUUGUGUUAAGUUGAGAGACAUCGUAGAGCAGGGCAAGUUAAUUAAAAAAGAUGCAAUAUUAUAAGAAAGAAAUUUAUCUUUAGUUCCUAGUUGAAAACGGGAACCAAAAUUGUAGAGAAGAACGCUCGAGAUAAGUUUGUGUUAUUCGAAAGAAUUUGAAAAUCAGAACAGAAAAUUGUAUCCAAUCAAUGAAGAUGCAAUGUCGCAAUAAGUAGGUCAUUGAAAAACAUUUGAUCAACAACAAACAAAUAUGCAGAUGGAAAGAUGGAAAGUGAAUGUGUAUCAAUAUGAGGAUUUGUUUAGAGUUUCGUGUUUGUAACGGUUUCGUAUGUUAACAACACCUUUUUAAAAGGUGGUUUAUUGAUUAGAUUUUUUUUGUCAAUCUAUUUUUAUUUUAUCAGUAGCGAAAAUGGAUCCGAAUCAACUAGUUAAGAGUUGUUCAUAUAUCUGGUGAGAGCUGCAAGUGUUGCUCUUGUAUCUUCAAUUGACCCUUUCUGUAGCUUCAUUUCAAUUGCAGUACUUCACUUGAGAGGGUCAUUGUGGUGAAAAGUGAAUUUGGUUGGUUGGCAUUUCACAACGUUCCAAAGCUGUCAUCAAAGUGCUUGCGAAUGAAUAUUGUUUGUGGAAUGGUAUAGAAACUGUAGUGAAAGGUAGAGAAAGAAUGAGAGUGUAACAGAGAGAGAGAGAGAGAGAGAAAGAGAGAGAGAAAGAGAGAAAGAGAGAGAGAGAGAGAGAGAGAGAGAGAGAGAGAGAGAGAAACGAUGUUCUUCAUUUAUUUUGUUGUUGCAUCCAAAAUGAAUAAUUUAUGCGUGGUCAGUGUCCUAUGCCUAUCGUCGAGGUUUUUUGACGAAGAAAGAAUAUUAAUGAGAAUUACUAAAUGAUAGUUACUAUCUUCCAGCUCAAAAUAGUCUCUCACGGUUUCUUGCAUCGUUCCACUGGUCGCUUACUCUCCAGUGUCACUUCGAACUUCUUUAGCAUAGUACACUGGUCCGCCCGUCAAAGCGUUUUCUACGACGGUUCCCCGGAAGCUUAGGUUUCCCUAAAAUGCCCGCAACUGGAUAAAAAGUAAAAUCGAUAUGAGUUGAAUAAUGUAAUGUUUUGAGUAUGGAUGCAUUAGCUAACUGAGGGUUCUUGCCAAUGCCAAGAUGAAGAAAAGGUAGAGUAUUGCAUUUACAGGGUAGUUCAAACAACUGUAAUGUUGUUGUCUCAGAGAUCAUCGACAUCAUCGAAUGAACAAAACGGAAGCAUAUUUAAUGAUAUUUUUGUGUGCUUCAUACGGUACGGAGCUUGUAGUUCGUGCAUACUAAGUAAUAGUUCAUUUGACUUAUUUUUACCAAGUAGACGGAUAGUUAUUCCUUGCUACCACGCUUGCGAAACAUUUGCGGAUCCGAUUCACGACUUUUGGUAUACUAAACCAAUGGGCGAGGCCGUAUGAUCGAGACGAACACAUUCAAAUAAUCGUUUUGUAGGCCUGUAUGGUUCACUAGAGAAUACCUACAUGAAAGAGUAUUCUUAUACCUAUUCUCUAUUGGUUUUUUUUAACAUCUUCUUUUGCAGUGCGAAGUGAAAAGAGUGAACUGGAUUAAAGUAAACUGUUUGCAAAGAAAAAUAUGGACUUAUAUAUAUACACAUCACUUUGAUAUACAUACACAAUACAUAUUUACAAUGGAAUUGCUGAGCAUUUUUAUGGUAUUUGUAUGUAUGUAAAGUAAAAGCAACGAAAGUGUGUAACGAAUAAGGUAAUGGGAGAAAUAUAAUGAAAACACACGAUGCGAAGAAAAAUGAGAAACAAACAGUGUUGGGAUUGGCAAAACCCUUGUUUGUGAACUGCAAGCAGACAUCAGCAGAGGGUUCAAUGCCACCAAAACGUCCGUUUCUUGGUCGAUCAUCCAAUCAUCAAUUCUUCAAGUAAGCAUUUUUUGUACUAAACCGCAAAAAAGGGAGUGAGUGAGUACGUGUGCAGAAUAGCUAGCACAAAGUAGAAACAGAGAAGAUAAAUAGUAUAGUAGGUAUGUACGGCAAAAGGGAUCUAAUAUUGCAGGAUCGACCCGUGUAAUGUAACAUCAAAGCAGGGCCGAUAGGAAGAAACGCGACCGAAAAACCCGGCGGCGGCUUUCCUUUGCUGCGUAUGGCGCGCCUCGAUAAGCAAAUGUUGUAAAAAGAAAUGAAUCAUAACGAAACGACAAUAGUAUCGUA